AUGCCUAAGAAAUCGAGGGCUCAGAAAAACAAACCUACCGAGGUGCUGGAUGAUUUUUCAGUGAAUAUGGAUUCCGAACUAAAUGGUGUUUUAUCACAGCUAGCGGCUGGCAUGAUAGGAUUACAAAAAUCGUCUGAGGGCUUAUCUAUGAUUGUGAAAGGGGAGUCAGAUAAAAAAGAUGUAUGUAGCGAGAGUAAGGCGCCAGAUCACAACUUUAUGUAUAUAUGGAAGGAAUUGGGAGGUAAUGACGUUGUUUUUAGCCCGGAGGGUAGGAAACACCCACAGGCUUAUAUAAAAAAGUUAAAGGAAUUGUUUUUGGAUGCUGGCGUUCCGGAUAGCCACAAGAUCGGACUUGCUGUUUCUUGUUUGCGAGAGAUUCAAGGCGGCAUCGUAAACAUGGGUUUAAAAACAGUAGAUGAGAUAGAUGCAUAUCUCAGAGAAGUCGAUGAGGUUCAGAAUGAAGCGACUUUGGGGCGAUACAGCAAUGCUCGUGAUAAUCGCGAUAGCGGUGUUGAAGACGACGCGGGAAACGUUGUUAGGAAUAUUGUGGCCAUCAAUGCUCCAUUUUGCGAUGAUGCCAGCUCUCUAUUAAGUAGUGAUUCAGAGUCAGAAAAAGAUGUAGAGGAGCAGAAGUACAGAUCUCUAGUUUUGCGGGCUAGAGUAGGUACGAUCGAAGCGGACAUAGUUGUCGAUAGCGGUAGUGAGGUUUCCGCGGUGUCCGACAAAUUUUUAGAGAAAAUAAAGCCGCAGGUAAAGGUUCCGAUGUUGCCUGUGUCAACUUUAGCGAUUUCUCCAGCUUUUGGUGCCAAGAAACAGCUCAUCAAAUUACAGAUUCUGUUAUCGAUUCGGCUGUUGGCGGACUGUAAUAUUGAUUUAGAUGUCAAGUGUUUGCUGAGUACGGGGGGUGACUUAAAUGUACACCUAUGUGGUAGGUUAGACAAUGUCGUGGAAGUAGAUAAAAAUGAGAAGUUAACGUUUCAUAGAUACUCUGAAGCAGAAAUUAAAGUGGCAGCCGGCAAGGCUGAAGCGGAUGAAACUUCGCAGAAGAAGCUAGAAAACCUAAUUUUUAAAUAUGGGAAAGUGUUUCCUGAGCAUCCAGGAUGCAUCGAAUCUUAUGUUCAUAAAGUGGAAAUGGAAGACGAUUCUCCAUUUAAUGCACCUACGUACCCGAUACCGUUCAUUCAUCGUAAUGAAGUUGAUAGACAAGUAAGAGAGAUGGAGAGAUGGGGGGUGAUCAAAAAACAAAAAACGAGCUACAUAUCCCCAUUAGUGGUAGUUAAGAAGCGAGAUGGGUCACCGAGAAUUUGCAUAGAUGCCAGACUUCUCAAUUCUAGGAUAAGAAAGGACUUCAUCCCUCCACCAAAUCCCGCAGAGUUACUUCUGAAUUUUAGGAAGGGCGUUGUACUUAGCACAAUCGACCUCACGGCCUCCUAUUGGCAGAUAAGAAUACAUGAGAAGGACAGAAAGUAUGUCGGUUUUAUUCACGGAGGCGAGACCUACGUGUUCCAAAGGCUUCCUUUUGGGUUGUCCACAUCAAUGGAUUCCCUUAUACGAUGUUUGAGUCAGGUUCUGGGACCAACCUGUCGCUCUUUCACAGUGAUAUAUGUUGAUGAUCUGCUGGUGUUCUCGGAUGGAAUCGAGGAACACCUAGAGCAUUUGAAGAUUUUGUUCGAAAACUUGUUAGCAGAGGGUAUUACCUUAAAGCUAAGGAAAAGCCAGUUUAUACGGAAAGACGUAAUCUUUUUAGGUCACGUCAUCUCUAGCGAGUGUCAGUAUAGACCCUAA